CCACUCUGAGCGGGUUUAAGGUGAUGCUUUGGGGGGGGGUUUCUUUUUCACUGACAGCUCCACACAGUUAAUCAACCGGUGGGAAUCGGUGAUGAGAAAGACACCAAUUCCGUUUGGGGCCCUGUUAAAUCCUUAGCUUCAGGUAAGACACAAAUGGAUGGGAGUUUAAGGGGCCCCUCAUCCUUCAAGAGCAGAGUGUAAGGGAAGCAGAGUGGAAGGAAGUUGAGGAUGGAAAUUCAGCCACAGAUUUAGACACUGAGAUAUUCCCCGGACAUCAUCUGAGGGCUGAAUAUUUAUUUUUUCUUGUGUGUGUUAAGAGCUGUUGAUAUUUGCUCUCCUCUCUGCCUUAUGUCCUCUCCCUCUUGCAUCCUCCCCUCCCCUCAGCCUCAAUCACCCAGACACAGACGCAUGCAUGCUCACGCAGAAUCGCGCGCAGCAGGCGGAUGCGCGCAUACACACUUUCUCUCACACACACACACAUACGCGUACACACACACAUACUCACACACCCUUCCUGGAGGUGCUGGGAGCAGCUGCAGCAUUAGCGUUGAAAGAGAUUUGCCGUUGACUGGAGUUUGCAUCCCCCCCUGUUAAUGAAUGGAUGCUACGGCGAUAGGCUCGGGACCUUCUUCCGUUGGAUUGCGGGAAACGGUGGAUAUCUAUUCUUGAAAUUUAUUUAUUUAUUUCUAUGCUCUCCAUUUUUUUCUCCCCACCCUCUCCUGGUGUGCUGUUGUCGAAAGGACGAUGGGGUCUUGUGCUUGAUCGGAUAAAGAUGGAGGUGAACGUGGCGUCUCCGGUGCUUGGCAUACUAUUGAGGUUUCAGUGCCCGUUAGGGUGAAUGGAGCCUGUUAUUUCUGUGUUUUUUUUUAAGUGGGCUCUUUUGUUUUCCGGGGAUCGGCCGAGCACUCCUGUGGUGAAUUGAGCUAUUGUCGAAGACUCGGCCUCUUAAGCUUUGAAUAUUUGACCGUCCAUCCUUUCCCUCCCUUCCUUCCCCUGUUACCUUCCCCUCUAAAAGGAACAAGCGAAUCCCAAAACCUGCUCUGAAAUCUCUCCUCACCGUCCUCCUCACUUCCAAUGCCCCAUUUCCCUCAUCUCUACCCCUACCCCCCCCACCUCUCUCCUGCUCCCUCCUCCCACAUCAGAGCGGCUACGUAAUGUGCCUCCCUACGCAUGCAAAUGGGGAUGCUACAAAUGGUGGCUGGGACUGAUGGCGAUGAAAGGGUGAUGCCUCGCGCAAUCACCUGCACCUCCACCGCCGCUGCCAUCACUCCAGAUCAGCCUGGGAGAGCCCAGCCGAUGACAACCCCCCUCAGUGCGAACACGGUCGUUUGUAGCCUUCUCGUGGAUGUAAAUGAGACGUGUGUAUGUGUGUGAAGGUGCACACUGGUUCCUGCCAUGUCUGGUGUGUGAUCGCUCUAGCGGGACGUUCUUACUGAUGCGGGGGAGGCACUGAGCCUGAGGUUGGUCGACCUCCCCCUGCACACCCCCCCUUUCCCACCUCCCUCCUUCCUUCCCCUUUCUCUCCCCCUUCCACCAAGCCCCUAGGGGUGAAGGCCACCUGGUAAAGGGGUCACGAUGAAGAAGAACCGCAGCAGCAAUGUGCGGCGGGCCUGGCCCAGCUCAGAGCUCAGCGAGCGCCCGCUGGAGCACAAUCUCUCCCGUAGUGAGAAAGACAUCCAUGUGCAGAAGCAGCAUCUUCCUCCCCCUCCUGCUCCUCAUUUCUCUCCGUCCCCGCCAAGUUAUCGUGCGCCAGGUGACGUGUCUCCGAUCAGUAUGUCACCUAUCAGCCAGUCACAGUUCAUCCCGCUGGGAGAGAUCUUGUGCCUGGCUAUCUCUGCUAUGAACUCUGCCCACAAGCCUGUGAACCAGGAGGCUCUGGUGGAGCACCUCACUGCCAGCUUCCCAGGUGUGCCUACACCCAGCUCAGAGGUUCUGCGACAUACCCUGAACAUGCUGGUGCGAGAGAGGAAGAUCUACCCAACUCCAGAGGGCUACUUCAUCGUCACCCCCCAGACCUACUUUAUCACUCCGUCCCUCAUCAGAACCAACAACAAGUGGUAUCACCUGGAUGAUCGGCUGCAAGAGCGCUCACCGCUACUGUCACAGCAGCAGCAGCAACAAAGUCAACAGCAGCAGCAACCUCAGCAAUGCACUUCACCUCCGUCUGGUAAUGUAACACCAUCUACACCUGGCUGCCUGAGAGAGAGGCCUCCUCGCAAGAAUCACAAUGACUCAUACAACUCCUAUCGCGAAGACUCGUCCAGACUUCACAGUACCAAGUCACCAAAGGAGCACAGGGGAGAUUCUUAUCAAAGUAAGCCGCCCAAGGAUCACAAGAGUGGGGAAACUCCACCAAGCACGUCAGCUAAGGAGCACCGAGGAGAACCGCCAUCAUACCCUCAUCCUCCUCCUCCCACUUCCCCUCCUGUCGUGCAACCGCCGCCUCAAGAGCCCGCUGAUAAGAGCAAAAGCAUCACUUCUUUUCCUUAUAAAACUGACACUCUCACCAAAAAGAAAGAAGGAAGUGGUGGCAGCAGCAGUGGCGAGAAGCAAUCUAAAAGGUUCGGUCUCAGGCUCUUCAGGCUGAGUUUCAAGAAGGACAAAAUGAGGCAGCUUGCCACCUUCUCAGCUCAGUUCCCCCCGGAGGAGUGGCCUCUUCGUGACGAGGAAGUGCCAACCCCGGCCAUGCCCCGCGAGGUGGAGAUGGAGAUAAUCCGCAGAAUCAACCCCGAUCUAACUGUUGAGAACGUUGCAAGGCACACGGCUGUGAUGAAGAGGAUUGAGGAGGAGCGUUCGCAGAAGAACAAGGCGGGGUCUUCAGCCCACCACAGUGCACGCAGCAGGAGGGGGAGGGGCCACAGGAGGGCCACACAUGGUAAAUCCCGCUCACACAGCAAACCCAGAACCUCCAGGGGAGACCCGUCCGAGGGUUCAAACUGGGACCUCUUGUUCAUGGAAAGGGAUUUCCGCUUCUUUAGCCACUCGUUAGUUCGCUCGCCUCGGGAGGCCAUGUACACCUUGGAGCGCAGGCGAAGUGGAGGCGCAACAUACCUGGUCCAUAGCAACCCCAACGUUACUGAAUCGUCCUGCCCUGUUACCCCUGAGUGGGAUGUGUCCGGGGAGCUAGCCAAAAGACGGACAGAGAUGCCCUUCCCUGAGCCGUCGCGCGGGACGUGCCAGUCCAGAGUGCAGAGAAGUCACAGUCACAAUCAGGAGAGGAAGUCGCGUCACGAGAGGUCAGAUCAAGCUAAGGAACGCUCUCGGUCCAUGGACAACUCCCUCAAGGUUCCAUCACUGGGGGUGCCAGAAGACUUUGAACCCACUCUGGAGGAGCGUAGUCAUUACUACACUGACGACGGCACCCUGCGCGCCACGCAGAAGUCCUCCCACUUCUCAAGGAUCAUGUUCUCUGCUGCUAAGUUCCACUCUGAUUUUAAUGUGCCUGAUUUGGGGAAAGGGAGUUUGGACGAGUCAAGGAUUCGGAGUACGAUGGAGAGGAACAAAAGCAGAGACAGCUUGCCAACGUACAAUGAGCUAAUGGGACUUUCUCCUAAGCCCUCAACAGAUGAGUACUUCCAGUGCAAUACGUCAAAUGAAACAAUCCUAACUGCCCCUUCGCCUCAGGCAAAAUCAGAAUAUGACACAUUAACCUCAUCAGGGGGACUCCGAAAGGGCUCUCCGGCUGACCGGCAAACGCCUCACCUCACCUCUCCUCACACGAUGGAGUACAAAGAGGACUUGUCGGCAGCAAAGGGACAGAAUGGCUCAGUGCGGCUGACGCCAAGCCAGACGCCAGAGCCGGCGCAAAAUGCCCGUUUGACGCCACACCAACACAAUGUAGAUCCCGGUGGGGGAGGCGGUGGUAUGUCGAUCAAGAGGAAAGAGAUCUUCAGCAAGGACACUUUGUUCAAACCUCCACACAAUGCCUUGUCCACAGGCUACGUGGACAGCAGCUACACCAAGUCCGGCACAUUGCGGAAAGCCUCACAUGCCAAAUCAACAGAGGCCCUAGACAAUCCUGAGCCCCAGCAGCCUUCCAAUUCAGCCACUUCCUCAGUGUCACCGGCAGUUUUACAGAGCUGCUUAGAGCCAACAGUCCCCUCCGCCUCCUUUGACUAUUAUAAUGUAUCAGAUGAUGAAGAAGAGGAAGAGGCAGAGGAGGACUCGCACAAAGAGUUGGCGACGGCAGAGGACAACAAGGAUCAUGGGGAAGUCGGUGGUAAUGGUGGAAGCAGUGGUGGUGGCGGGGAGGGAACCAUGCAGUGGCUCAUGGACCGGGAAAAGGAUCAUGAUCUGCAGCGAAAACUGGAGACCAACCUGACCUUACUCAGCCCCAAGGAGACGGAGAACAGCAGCAGCCAGAAGUCGGCCCACUCUGCACGCUUGGACAGCAUGGACAGCAGCAGUGUCACGGUGGAUAGUGGAUUCAACUCCCCCAGGACACGUGAAAGCCUUGCAUCCAACACAUCCAGCAUUGUGGAAAGCAAUAGACGGCAUAAUCCAGCGCUGAGCCCCGGCCACAUCGGCACCAGUAGUAUCGGACUGCCUUUCAGCUUUCGCGCCAUCCCAGAGCCCCCCACCACACAGCCUGAGAAACUCCAGAAGUCAUCGAACUGCCUGGCCUCCAUCACCAGUGUCUGACAGCAGCACAGACUGAGACCAUGGACGGUGGUGGAGGACAGAGGAAGUGAGGGGCUUCACCAUUUUAGACCCUCACUUUCCUCAACCAAUACACACACAUUCACAUAAACACACAUCUUCAGACUCCUGAGAAUCCAUUUACUGGGACUGUUACAAAAACAGGCAUGGCUUCAAGAGACUGUUCCCACAGCUUCAAGAACUUUACUGCAAAAAAGAGAAACUACAAGACCACUGUAGGUGAGGAAACCUACCUGAAGUACUUUGAUUUUUGGUGACAUGGACUCUAGUUUGGCUUAUAUCAAGAUUCUUGACUAUUGGUAUUGGAAAGUAGUAGACUAUAGGAUUCAAGUUACAUUUGGAAAUAUCAAAAAAACGUUUUAUAUUACUUAACAAUACAUGUCCAAUUAAAUGUUCUCCUUCCUGAAAUAGCGUCAAGUUCUUCAGGACGAUUCAAUGUAUCAGCACAAUGUCGAGACAAUAAAAGUUGAUCCUGAGAACAACGAAUGAAAGAUAUAAAAACAUAAAUCAGCUCAGAUUUGUGUACCGCAAUGCAAAUGAUGUAUGUAUACUCGAUACUUUUGAUAUCCUAAUUAUUAUAAUGGUGGUAUUAAAGAUGCUAUGUGACCAAAAA